AUGGAUAUAACUUCGCUGGUACCGGCUGGUCUUCUUGCCGGCCAGGUGGAUCUGUACGACAUCCAGGCUGGUUAUAAUAAAUUUUCCGAGAAUUUGCGGAAGUUUACACCGCAGGCGAUACAAUGCGCGAUAUUCUGCGGUGGCUCCAGAUGCAAGUAUGAAAACCCGAAGGCUUGGCCGCCCGUGCAUAUGGCGAUACAGAACAUCUUUUCGCAUUGGGUGACGGAUGACGUUCUCGCAAUGGCACGACCGAACACCGCGCAGGUAAUAAAAAAAGAUAUAAUUGCACAGUUUCAAGGGUGGAGCAUAAAAACCAUAAUAAACCUGCAAACGCCGGGCGAGCAUGCGAGCUGCGGUGGUCCUCUCGAAGCGAGCGGCUUCACAUACGACCCCAACAUCUUCAUGAAAAAUGGCAUUUACUAUUACAAUUUCGCGUUGAAGGACUACGGGGACGCGACCAUGGGUAAGCUUCUGGACAUGGUCAAGGUCGUGGCCUUCGGGGUGCAAGAAGGAAGAGUGGCGAUUCACUGUCACGCCGGCCUGGGCAGAACCGGCGUUCUGAUCGCGUGCUACCUUAUUUACAGUCUUCGUGUGCGCGCGAACGACGCCAUACGAUUCGUACGCAUGAAACGCCCGUCCGCGAUACAGACGCGAGGGCAGAUACUUUGCAUCCAGGAAUUCGAGCAUUUCGUUCUUCCGCAAAUGAUAGUUUUCCCUUUGAGCAGCGCGAUUGGGGACCGUAAAUCUUGUAGCCUGCAGUCGCACCUCAAGAAACAGCACAACUUUCUGCACGGCUACGAGCAACGUACCUUCAAACACAUUCCAAAGAUCGUCUUCACUAUUUGCGAGAGAAUCCUCCAGCUAUGCGACUGUCAGGAGGAUAAUUCGCCGAGCGAGAUUAGAUUCGAAGUCUCUAGCACAUCGUUCACGCAAAAGUUCAUAUCGAACGUGUUGGAGAAAUUGCGCGACAACAAAGGGAACAACAUCAAGCACUCUUACUCGUGGGCCGAGUCCCUUGCAGACUCUUCUCUCGACUGUUCUAGCUCUGCGAAGGCGUGCGCGAGUGGUAGUCAGGCGUCUUCGAGGGACACCUCCGACGAUAUUGGUCGAUUGAGCGACGUGUUCUGCACUUCCCCGGACACUCCGUCUUGCGAUUCCACUUAUCCAGGUCUUGAUGACAACUGCGUGGACGAUGUCCUCGGUGAUGGUAUCCACGGUCAAGAUCUGGUGGACAACGACUGCUACAAGGAGAUUCAGUCGCACAUGGACUUGAAGGUUGCCGCUCAGAAUGCAGCCUUCGAAACUGUGAGCACGGAAGAGGCUAUCAGAGCUCUGAUCAGGGACAACGCGACGUUGCCUGAUAAGACGAAGAAGCGUUUGCUGGAUUACCAGGCGGAUCUGAAUCACAGAUCAACAGCCUGGCAGAGACUGCAAAUGGAAACCAACUUAAACAUCCUCUCAGGAUUACUGUUCGAGUGGCUGGAGACCCUGAAGCACCCUGUGCUCGACAUAGACAGUCUGAGUUACAUCGUUGUUUGGGGUUCCAAGCCACAACGAUGCCUCGAGAAGCUGUCCGCUUGUAACAGAUAUCUAUUGGAGUAUCUUCUACGAUUCGUCACUCGAUUGAGACCGAUGACGGCCGAAAGUCAGAGCUUGAUAACGAAACGAUUCAUGGCCACCCUCACUCAACAGAGUAUUUGGAUCAGGAGUUCUUUCUAUCCUUCCAACAAAAAUUUCCAUAAGCUACGUCGAGGAACCGCGGCGAAGCUCAACGAAUUUUUCAUCAGGUUGAUGAACCUGAUAGAGGAGGUGAACACGCAGGAAAUGGAAAGAUCCUCGUGGUCCUCGAAAUGGGUAUUGGUGUCGAGUCAAUUGCGACAAAUAGAGGCGCAACAGACGGAGGACGAUGAAGCCAAUUUGAUUUGA